AUGCUUCUGGUAGGGGAGGCGGGGCGCGCCGACUGGCGUGCACACCGAGUGGGCGAAUGGGAAGACGGACCGUCGCGGUCGGACGCCCGCCUGGCUGGGAGGGAUGAGGAAGAGGGCGAGGACGAGGAGGACAAGAGGGAGAGAGAGACCACGAGAACGGGCAGGGUCACCUGCAGCACCUGGCUCCUGGGCAGGCACGCGCCGCACGCCCUGGGGGGCCCAGCUGCAAGAGUCCGCCCUGCCGUGGGCACGCACCAGCAGCUGCGCGCGGCGGCGAGGACGGGCACGGCCGUCGAAGGCGACGACGAGGGCGAAUAG